UUGAUUGAUUGAUUGGUUGAAGGUCGUUAUGGACAGCCAGCUUCUCUGCUUGAACCGGACCAUCUCUUCGCUUAAACCCAACCCAAUCAGAAUUUUUCACCAAAUCAGUACUCCGAAAACAAUUUCAAGCCGGUCUUAUCGCUUCCCUGCAGGAUUCAUUUGUAACAGGAUAAAGUGCUCAAUGAAGUCUUACACGUUAUCAGAACUUACUCAAACUGAGGUUGAACGCCUAAAGGCUCGUCCUCGUAUAGAUUUCUCUUCCAUUUUCAGCACAGUCCAGCCCAUUGUUGAUGAUGUUCAGAAAAGAGGCGAUGCUGCAGUUAAGGACUAUACUGCAAAGUUUGACAAAGUUGAACUGGAAAAGAUAGUUGAAAAUGUCUCCGAGCUCCCAGAUCCAAUGCUUGAUCCAGCUAUUAAAGAAGCAUUUGAUGUGGCAUAUGACAAUAUAUAUGCAUUUCAUGUUGCUCAGAAAUCUGUUGAGAAAAGUGUUGAGAACAUGAAAGGUGUCAAAUGCAAACGAGUUGCAAGAAGCAUCUCAUCUGUAGGUCUUUAUGUUCCCGGAGGAACUGCAGUUUUACCUUCAACAGCUCUGAUGCUUUCAGUUCCAGCGCAGAUUGCUGGGUGUAAAACUGUUGUUCUUGCAACUCCUCCUAGUCAUGAUGGUAACAUAUGCAAGGAGGUGCUCUAUUGUGCCAAGAAGGCUGGAGUGACUCACAUCCUUAAAGCUGGAGGAGCUCAGGCAAUUUCCGCCAUGGCUUGGGGGACGGAAUCUUGCCCUAAGGUUGAGAAGAUUUUUGGCCCUGGAAAUCAAUAUGUCACAGCUGCAAAAAUGAUUCUCCAAAACAGUGAAGCCAUGAUUUCAAUUGACAUGCCCGCAGGCCCUUCUGAAGUGUUAGUCAUUGCUGACAGAAAUUCCAAUCCUGUUCAUGUAGCUUCGGAUUUGCUUUCUCAGGCCGAGCAUGGUCCUGACAGUCAGGUUGUUCUUGUUGUUUCUGGGGAUGGUGUUGAUUUAAAAGCAAUAGAGGAGGAAAUCAGCAAGCAGUGCCAAAGCCUUCCAAGGGGAGAGAUUGCUUUAAAAGCAUUGAGCCACAGUUACACGGUGUUUGCACGUGAUAUGGUUGAGGCAAUCUCUUUUUCAAACUUGUAUGCACCUGAGCAUCUGAUCAUUAAUGUGAAGGAUGCAGAAAAGUGGGAGAGUUUCAUUGAGAACGCAGGCUCUGUAUUUUUAGGGCAGUGGACGCCAGAGAGCGUGGGAGAUUAUGCAAGUGGGACGAACCAUGUCCUUCCGACAUACGGGUAUGCAAGGAUGUACGGCGGGGUGUCUUUGGACUCCUUCCUCAAGUAUAUGACAGUACAAUCUUUGACAGAGGAAGGUCUGACGAAGCUUGGCCCAUAUGUGGCUGCAAUGGCUGAAGUCGAGGGAUUGGAAGCCCACAAAAGAGCUGUAACUCUUAGGCUUCAGGAUAUUGAAGCUAGGCAGGUUUCCGGUAUGAGAUGAUGUGCCAUUUCUGAACUGUUCUCGUUUUGGGGAUGUGACCUUUAUGGACUUCCCUUUAUCAAAUUCCUUGGCCACAUUGUUGCCACCCCUGAGGUGUUGGAUUGUUGCCAAGCAGGGUAACAAUGGUUCUUUAAACAAAUAUCUGGUUAAGGCCAUAUGUAGUUUGAUCAAAUGUAGGGAUAGCUUUGCAUUUCUGGGGGUCAUAUGUACUUUAAAUGUGAUAUAUAUACAUCUUUUAUUUAACAUUCAAGGAGCACUGCAGUUGCUUGCCACUUCAUUGA